AAGUGCUGAAACCCUGACAGAAGUCUGUUUCUCCUUAAAGGCGUAGGUUUACAGGAGAGACUCUCUCUCUCUCUGUCCACACUUAGCUCGGUUAGCUAGCUAGCGUUAGCUAACUUACUUAGCUAACCUACUCUUUCUGUAGUCGUCUUUACAAGGUCCACUGCGACAAAUGCUCGUAUUGACACGUGUUCAACGAUUUCUGUUAUUUAUGAGUUACUACUCAGGCUAACGUUCCCCCUAUUUUAAAGGUAGCGCCUGUUGUUCGUCUGUCUGUACUGUCUGGUGAGAGCACCAUGUCUCUGUCGGUCCUUUACGGAGUUUUGUGCGGCGUUUUUCUGGCGCUCCUGGUUUUGGUUUUACGGUUAGUCAUGGUGAUCCGGAGAGUUACAGACUGCAAACCUGGAAAAAAGGGCUCCGUGUGUGUUCUAGUAGUGGCCGGAUCAGGCGGACACACGACAGAGAUCAUACGGUUGAUGGAGAGUUUGUCCCAAGCCUACACCCCUCGACAUUAUGUGAUAGCAGACACUGACAAGAUGAGUGAAGACAAGAUUCGCACAUUUGAAUCCUCGAAAGUGAAAGGGGACAGUCCAGCACAGUUUACCAUUCAUCGGAUCCCUCGCAGUCGGGAGGUUCGUCAGUCGUGGAGCUCCUCUGUGCUCAGUACUCUGUAUGCUCUGCUCUACUCCAUUCCUCUGGUCUUCAGGCUCAGACCUGAUGUGGUGCUGUGUAAUGGACCUGGUACGUGCAUACCUUUGUGUGCUGCUGUACUGCUCUUAGGGAUUCUGGGAAUGAAGAGGGUCUUACUGGUCUACGUGGAGAGUAUCUGCCGUGUGGAAAGUCUGUCUUUGUCUGGGAAAAUCCUUUACCACUUUGCUGACUACUUCUUUGUGCAAUGGCAGUGUCUGCAGACCAGAUAUCCCAAAUCUGUCUAUAUUGGGAGAAUAGUAUAAGUGAAACUUGACUGGAGAGAAUCUUGUCAUUGCAUUAUCUGUUCAUUAGGAUGUGUUCUUCUGAAUAGUUUUUUUUAAUGUAGUCAUUGCCAGACCAAGACCUCAUAUCUCAAAAAAGUGACUUUACAGGAGAAGGAAAAGCAUUUUAAUGUGCGGUGUGUGUUAAUGUAACACGGUUUUAUUCCAUUUGUAUUGAUCCAUUCAUAGUGAAAAUACAGUGUAAAGAGCACCUGGAAGUAUGUCAAAAAUGCAAAACAACAAAAAUGAAAGGUUUUGUUCCAACAGCGAGGACAUACACAUAAAUUCAGUCAUAUGCAGGUUUUGGGUUUUGUUUAUUUUCAACAAAUAAGUGGCAUUAAAUGAAAACAAGUUAACACAUCAUCUACAGAGAACACACCUACACAUUUUAUUGCUCAAUUACUGGAAGGGGUACAUAAAAUGUGGCAUGUUCAAAGGUUAUGGCAUAUUUAAUAUGUUGUUUUUUCCAAUAUGUUAAAUGUAGCACAUAAAACUGCUGGCUAAAAUUGUUUACUGUAGAAGAUUUGUUAACUUGAUUCACACCAACAUUUCAUUUGACCAGAGGGUGUUCAAACUUUUGUAUAUGACUAUACAAACAUACAUUCAUCUGUUACUUCUUUUGAGGGAUAGGUGUUCUCAUAUAGAUCUUUAUGGUGGAAUCCACUUGUUACACACAUUAGAGUGAGCCAAAGAAUGAGACGUGUUCUCCUGUUUUCUGUAUACACUAUAUGUCUGAGAGUUCGCUUCAUUCCUAUGAAGUUGCUCAGGUAUGAUUUAUUCAAGCGCUGUUGAAUAAACGUUCCUGCGUUGUAA